AUGGGGUCAGCCAGGCAGGCGACUGACACCUCUUUGCCCGGCUCUCGGGCACUCUCUUUGCAGAGCUUUACACAGCAGAUCAAGCAGGAGCUGUUGGAUGGAUUCCAUUUCUCCAUCUUCCUCAAAGAAGGGCAGGGGCCCCCUGCUACCAACCACGGCCAGUGCUGCUCUGGGUAUGAAAAUGAGAUCUGCAGGAUGCCAACUUUCCAGCCUGGCAGAGGGGAGAAGCUUUUGGUGUCCCUGGUUCCAGUCUUUCUAACUAAACCCAUCUCAUCUUAUGCCACCUGCCUGGGUCCCUCCUGGGACUUUAUCACCGUGCCACACUUUUUGGAACUACUCAUUAGAAGCACCACCACCUCCAUUUUGUUCACUUGGCCCCCUGAAAACACUUCAGUUUGCUGCCAGACCCUGCAACGGUCAUAUUUCUGGAUAAAGCUGGCCUUCAGGACCUUCACCUGGCCUGGACUGGGCUUGGAGGACCAUCAGGAAAUUGUGCUAGGCCAGUUGGUGCUUCUGGAGCCCAAGGAGGCCAAGCCAGAAGAUCCUGCUCCACCUCCUGGGCAACACACAUUAACAAUGCUGGUCCUGGAGCCAGCACCACCACUGCUGGUGGACCUGCGGCCUGCUCUGGAGCCAGAGUCACGUGCAGCCCUGGAUGCACCAGGAUAUCUAUAUUCAGCACCAGCACCAGCACCAGGGGAAGGGCCCCUUCCAGGAACAGUGCUGGAGCCACAGUUAGCCCCAGAGUCCCCCUAUCCCUCUCCCGGGACAGUCAAGACUCAACCCAGUGAGGAGCUGCCUGACAUCACGACCUUCCCUCCCAGGCUGCUGGCAGAGCAGCUGACCCUCAUGGAUGCGGAGCUGCUCAAGAAGGUGGAGCUCUACGAAUGCAUGGGCUCCAUCUGGGGCCAACGACAUCAGAAGGGGAGUGAGCACGUGGCACCCACAGUUUGUGCCACCAUUGCACACUUCAAGAGGCUCACCAACUGUGUCACCACCUCCUGCCUCGGGGACCACAGCAUGAGGGCCCAGGACAGGGCCAGGGUGGUGGAGCACUGGAUCAAGGUGGCCAGGGAGUGCGUAAGCCUCAACAAAUUCUCCUCAGUGCAUGCCAUCGUCUCUACUCUGAGCAGUAACCCAAUACAUUGGCUACACAAGAUGUGGGCAGGAGUGUCCAGCAAAAGCACAAAAUAUUUAAAAGAACUCUGCAAAAAAGACACUGCAGUGAAGAGGGACCUGCUGAUCAAGACGGGGAGCUUUAAGGUGGCCACCCAGGAGAGGAACCCCCAGGGAGCCCAGACCAGGCUGCGGAGACAGAAGAAGGGCGUGGUCCCCUUCCUGGGGGAUUUUCUGAUUGAGUUACACAGGUUGGAUUCGGACAUCCUGGAAUAUCUGGACGGCAACACCAACAAGAGGAGGAAGGAGGUCCAAGUUCUAUGGGAAAUGCAGCUGCUCCAAGUGGCUGCCAUGAAUUAUAGGCUUCGGCCUCUUGAGAAAUUUCUCACCUGUUUCUCAAGAAUGGAGCAGCUCAGUGACAAGGAGAGCUACAAGCUGUCCUGCCAGCUGGAUCCUGAAUCCCAGUAG